CUAACACUAAAAAUUGAUAAUCAAAUAAAUAAAAAAACAAUUACUAAUACAAAAAUUAAUAAUAGCCAACCAAUCAUUCAAUAAAGAAAUUCAAAAGAAUAAGAAAAAAUGUUCUUCACUACUUCAGACUUAUUUUUCUAUCCAUAAAGAUAGCAAAGAGCUCCUAGAUACAGAUAAUAAUGUUCUUUCCUUGAUACUUCAGAUGAUGAAGAUGAGUUCUUCUUUACUCCAAACUAGAGCUGCUAUACAAACAGCUAUUAUAACCAAUUGAGAAACUAGAGAAUAAAGGAAGAAUAAGAAUUAUAAAGAUAACAAUAGAAGUAUUUAUAAUAACAAAGAGCUAAAUAAUUGCAAAGAGCUUAUUAAUAAAAACUUGAAGAAGAGUUACUAGAAUAAGAAUUAAGAAACAGCUUUGUUAAAUAAUUCUUAUCAAACAAAAAAAAUUAAAAGGAUAACUAAAAUUAAAUGAAAUCUGAAAGUGAUUAAGAUCCUUUUGCUUUUUCAACUACUGAUGAUGAAAAUGAAUAUGUAUAUGAAAACAUAUCAAAAUAAUAAAAGGCUAAUCAAACUCCAUCUCAAAAAAAUUCAAAGAAAGCCAAUAAGAAGUAAAAAAGAUAAUAAAAGUAACAAUAAGAAUAAUAAAAAGUUAAUAUGAAUGAAUAGUAACCAAAAUCAUAAUAAACUUCUGAAGAUAAAAAAGAUAAAUAGAAAUAAGAAAAUUAAAAAACUUCAUCUAAAAUUUAAAAUGAAAAAGAAACCUAAAAAAUACAUGAAGAAAAAAUAGUUAACUUAAGUGACUCCGAUGAUACUGUUAUUUCAGAAGAACCUCUCAAUUAUUGGGAAUAAAUCGGUAUAUCUUCAUAAAAGAAUAACUUAAAGGAUUCUCUCAUUGAAGAAUUCUACAGUCCAGAAGUUGAAUCUAUGGCUAAGCAAUUAUCAGCCCUUCUUAAGAAAAACUAUGAAUAUUGCCUAAGUUUAGCCAAUAACAACAAAGGAAAAUCUAUUGGAUAGCUUAUUGAUUUAGCCUUAAACGGAAGAUAAACAUUGUGA